AUGGAUUGCGAUCUGAGUGGAGCUGCCACCGCAGUCUGCAAGCUGCAGCAAGUCUACGACAUAUCGGCUACCAGCAUGGCAGCGAUGCAUUCCCGCUUGCUGCCCGCAGCUUCAACGGAAGAUUUGAAGGACGUGUCCAGGGGCUGCUUUUUCGUGGGGCCUUUCGGCAAAACAUCCGAAUGGGGCUGGAUGGUUGAUGAAGCAGCGUCUCUGUCUGGUAACAGGCUUGACCGCAAGAUGCAAGUUGGCUGGCUCCGGGACAUAGAUCACUCUGUGCUGCAGCGUGUGACUCGUCGAAUAGCUGUAGCAACGAACCUAUCCCUGCAGUCAGCCGAGGAUUACCAGGUGGCCAACUACGGCCUCGCAGGUCAUUACUCGCCCCACACGGAUGCCAUGUCAUUCGACAAGAUAGCGGACCACAUCGACCGCAAAGACGGCAACCGGCUGGCCACCAUGCUGAUGUACCUCUCUGACGUGGAAGCAGGCGGCGCCACCGCUUUCGUGAACCUGGGUAUCGCCGUCAAACCACGUGCUGGCACCGCCCUUUUCUGGUACAACUGGAUCGCGACCAAGUGGAUACACGAGAGGAACAACAUCGAUGUACGCUUCAACACACCCGGCUAA